AUGCUUAAAAUUUUCAUCGCCCUCACUGCUGUUGCUUUUGUCCAAAACGCUUUGGCCACACCACUGCCUGAUGUCGUUGGUAACAGAGAAGCAACCGACGGAGAUUUUAACCGCACCAAUACUUACCACUGGCAUCGUUAUCACAGAGUCGACGAACCAGUCGUACAACCUGCCGUUACAACAGUGGCAGUCGAAAGGCCGAGUUUGUUGGACAGUAUUCCUAUAGUCGGGCCAUUGUUGUCAGGGUUACCAGUGGUUGGUCCCCUUGUGAAUGGCAUUCUGGGUGGUUCCGGGGGAGUCCUGGGUGGUGGUGGUGGGGGCCUUCUGGGCUCGCUUUGA